AAGAACAAAAACAAACAUGCAUACGCAGAGGACACCAGAACAGGGAAGAAGAAGACGAAGAAGAAGGAAACUUGCACUACUCCUCCCCCUGUUCUCGACACUUGCACGUCUGGCAUCUCUUCACCUGUAUUCUUUCUUCACUAGCAAGCCCUAGGGAUUAUAUCUAAGUUAAUCCCUGCACUUUUAUGGGCCAUCGCCGCUUCCCUUACUCUCUUCAACUGGAAUCAUCACAACCUAAGGUUUUUUGAAGCAGUUUACAGAGUUACUGCACGCCCUCUGUCUCUCUGCAAUGGAUUUCCCACGACUCGUCGGAUUGUUGAGAUUGGCAUGGGUUGCUGGAACGCUGCCCAUUCUCAUAGCUCUGAUGCCUUCUUAUGGGCUCAGUUCGUUUCGCGAGGUUCUGUUGGGGUUUGCGAAGAGAGGGAAGACCAUGCAGUCGUCCUCCCAUAGAUUCACUGUUCCUCAAAAGUUCUUUCUUCAUUUCUACGUGGUGGCUGUGGUGUGGACAACAUUCUUGGUUCUUGUAACAUCGUUCUAUGCCUAUAAAAUGGUGCCAUUGGUUUCUGAGCCAUUGGAUUACUCAACCAUUGCUAGCGAAUUGGCUGGAGGCUCACAUAUCUCUUCAUUGUACGAAUCUCAAUCAAUCCGGGGAAAACUGAUAAACAGCGUCUGGCAAUCUCUGUUUCUACUUCUGUUAAUGGAAGUUCAAGUGUUAAGGCGCCUUUAUGAGUCAAUAUUUGUAUUAAACUACAGCCCAUCUGCUCGGAUGCACAUUUCUGGCUAUCUAACGGGCAUGUUUUUCUACAUAGCAGCACCUUUAUCACUUUGCAGCAUUUGGUUGCCAGCAGUGUUCGAAUAUGCAGCAGAUGUAGUGGCUGAGUUUAUUGUCAGAGGCAAGAAUCAGAUGCCUGCUGUUGAAUUUGAUUGGUGGGGAUAUUUGAAUCCUCUUAUGAAGCUUGGGUGGCGCCAAUGGAUUGGUGCUGCUAUAUUUUUCUGGGGUUGGAUUCAUCAGCUCCGUUGUCAUGCCAUUCUUGGCUCACUACGUGCACACACUGAACAAGAAUAUGUUAUCCCGCAUGGUGAUUGGUUUGAAAUCGUUUCUUCUCCCCACUACCUGGCUGAAAUCGUUAUAUAUGCUGGUCUUGUGGUUGCUAGCGGUGGUACUGACCUCACAGUCUGGUUACUUUUUGAAUUUGUGGUAGCAAACCUGGCGUUUGCAGCAGCAGAAACCCAUAGAUGGUAUCUCCAUAAAUUCGACAACUACCCAAGAGGCAGAUUCGCGAUUAUUCCAUUUGUUUACUAAUGUAUAUGCUUUUCAUCCACAAAGUUUCUGUAAUUACUUUUCAGUGCAAUUUACUCGAGGGAGUAGAGGAACAUUUUGGUUCUCUGCAUAUUAAUAAACUCUUAUCAAGACAGGGGGCUAAAUACCCUUUGUAUCAUAAAGCAGAGGAUGUUUCAUCUGCACAUUUUCUCUUUUUGUAGAAAAUGAAAUGAUAAACUUGUUGGAACUUGUGGAGUUUUUGAAUGAAAGGAAAACUAUACACACAUUGUGGCGUAAGAAGCCAAUUACUUGAUAA